CCGUCCAUUUCCGGUGGGGGUGCCGCGCCCAGUAAGGGCCCGGAAGUGGGUCGCGCGAAGAUUGCUGGGCGGUUCUUGCCGGAAGUGGAGAGCGGCUGAUCGCAGUCCGGAGGUGAGGCGGAACUCUGAGGUUGUACAUUAUGGCUGACAUGCAAAAUCUGGUAGAAAGAUUGGAGAGAGCAGUGGGCCGCCUGGAGGCAGUAUCCCAUGCCUCUGACAUGCACUGUGGCUAUGGAGACAGUGCUCCAAAAGCAGGAGCAGCUCCAUAUGUGCAAGCAUUUGACUCACUGCUUACCGGUCCUGUGGCAGAGUACCUGAAGAUCAGUAAAGAGAUUGGGGGAGAUGUGCAGAAACAUGCGGAGAUGGUUCACACGGGCCUGAAGUUGGAGCGAGCUCUCUUGGUUACAGCCUCUCAGUGUCAGCAGCCAGCAGGCAAUAAACUUUCGGAUUUGUUGGCACCCAUCUCCGAGCAGAUCCAAGAAGUGGUAACCUUCCGGGAGAAGAACCGAGGCAGCAAGUUGUUCAACCACCUGUCAGCUGUCAGCGAAAGUAUCCAGGCCCUGGGUUGGGUGGCUGUGGCUCCCAAGCCUGGUCCCUAUGUGAAAGAAAUGAAUGAUGCUGCCAUGUUUUAUACAAACCGAGUCCUCAAGGAAUACAAAGAUGUUGAUAAGAAGCACGUGGACUGGGUCAAAGCUUACUUGAGUAUAUGGACAGAGCUACAGGCUUACAUUAAGGAGUUCCAUACCACUGGACUGGCCUGGAGCAAAACGGGGCCUGUGGCAAAAGAACUGAGUGGAUUGCCAUCUGGACCUUCUGCUGGAUCAGGUCCUCCUCCUCCCCCACCAGGCCCACCUCCCCCACCAGUCCCCACCAGUUCUGGCUCAGAUGAGUCUGCUUCCCGCUCAGCACUGUUUGCGCAGAUUAAUCAGGGGGAGAGCAUCACACAUGCCCUGAAACAUGUAUCUGAUGACAUGAAGACUCACAAGAACCCUGCCCUGAAGGCUCAGAGUGGUCCAGUACGAAGUGGCCCCAAACCAUUCUCUGCACCUAAACCAGGAGUCAGCCCGUCCCCCAAACCAACCACAAAGAAGGAGCCACCUGUACUUGAACUGGAGGGCAAGAAGUGGAGAGUGGAAAAUCAGGAGAAUGUUUCCAACCUGGUAAUUGAUGACACAGAGCUGAAACAGGUGGCUUACAUAUACAAGUGUGUCAAUACAACAUUGCAAAUCAAGGGCAAAAUUAACUCCAUUACAGUAGAUAACUGUAAGAAACUCGGUCUGGUGUUCGAUGACGUGGUGGGCAUUGUGGAGAUAAUCAAUAGUAGAGAUGUCAAAGUUCAGGUAAUGGGUAAAGUGCCAACCAUUUCCAUCAACAAAACAGAUGGCUGCCAUGUUUACCUGAGCAAGAAUUCCCUGGAUUGCGAGAUAGUCAGUGCCAAAUCUUCUGAGAUGAAUGUCCUCAUUCCUACAGAAGGCGGUGACUUUAAUGAAUUCCCAGUCCCUGAGCAGUUCAAGACCCUAUGGAACGGGCAGAAGUUGGUCACCACAGUGACAGAAAUCGCUGGAUAAGCGAAGUGCCACUGGGUUCUUUGCCCUCUCCCUCACACCGUGGGAUAAAUCUGUAUCAAGACGGUUCUUUUCUAGAUUUCCUCUACCUUUCUGCUCUUAAACCGCUUCUCUGCUCUGAGAAGCACAGCUACCUGCCUUCACUGAAAUAUACCUCAGGCUGAGAUUUGGGUGGGAGAGCAGGUCAGUUGAUCUUCUGCAGGAAGGUGCGGCUUUUCCCUGUCAGCUCAACCACACCACCAGUCCAUUCUUAAGGAACUGCACACCAGGACUGCUGUGUUUUAGCUUUCAGCCUUUGGGGGUUAUUUGACCAACAGUCAUGUGGGAAGAAUAAAGCGGUCCCCAGGAAGUAACAGAUCAGAAUGUUCACACAAGUUCAUCUUUUUCUAACAAUGCCCACGAAGGUAGCAGAGGCUGGUGUGAUUCUAGCUGGUUCUUCUAACCAAACUAACUUUUCACUGUUGACAGGUGAGGCAGGGGUUGCACUGGACCAGAGGCUGAAGCCUGGCCAUCUAGCAUUCCGAGCAAAAAUUGAUUCCUGUAGGCAUUCCUUUUAUUCUGCAUUCCAUCCUGGGUCUGCCUGAACCUGAGAGAGUAGGUUGUCCUGUAUCGGCCGCUGGGCAGAGCCCUGCGCCCAGGCCAGUUAAAGGAGUCUUGGACCCUUUCUUUCACUGGGAUCCCUGCCCAGCACCUUCCUACAGAGACGACUUAAACAAAAACAAAACAAGACAAAAUAAACAAGGAAACUACACCAUUCCAAGGAAUCUGGAAUUCCUUCCUUCUUCCAUGCUAGGUGCCUGCCCUCCGUCUUCACUGCCUCCUUUGCCCUGUCAUGCCCAACUGCUUUUGGUUUCUGUCCAGGCACCUGAACAAAGGACUAAAAUCUCCACUGCAGCCUGGUUUUAGGUCUCGUGUAAGAAUCUUGCACAGCAUUGCUAAUGUAAAUUACAGUUUUUCUCUCUAGGACACUUACCAAAAUAUGCAACUUUUUUUGGUGGGAAGAGAGAUUGUCCUGUGACUUCUACCCAUUUCCUGAGGCCUGUGGAAAUAAACCUUUAUGUACUUAAAGUUAUACAGAAAAUAGAAUAAAAUUAAUACCAAACUUGCUUAGUA